AUCUGCUUUGCAAGGGCAUGUGAUCUUCACUCCAUGGAUUCAUAGGAUUUGUGACAUCACUAGAGCUUGCCUUGUGACAUCACCAGGCCCUGCCAUGUGAGCCUCAGGCUUUUGGAUGCUGGAGACCAGGGAACCUCAAGGGCACUAGAUCUGCUACACUCGCUCUGCCCUGCCAGGGAAGGAACAUGGGAGUUGUGUCAGCAACCGCUGGGUGGAUCCAACAGUCAGCUCCUUACAAUCACAAGGGUGACUAUUCUUGUUGUCAUCUCCUUCACGAUCAGUGUAGCUCACCUCUAAGUGUACAUAGCUUAAUGACAACCUCCUUCCUCAGAUCAGGACAGCAAACAAGAAAAAUGAGCAUGGCAUACUCUCAGAGAGGGUUGAAAACUGAAGUCCACAUCUUUCUAGGUCAGGAUACCGUUAGAGGGAAAGAAAUGAGUGUACAUCUUGACCCUGAUUUUAAAUAACAUUUGGAUUUCUGAGACUAUUUCACCCUUUCUGUGUGCUAAGUUGUAAUUUCUUUUUUAUUCAGUCAGCAAGCUACAGAGCGGUCAAAGAAAAGCAUGUGUGAGACCAGGAAAAGAGCAAUUGAGACACUCUUUCCAAUCCAAAAUUGUAUGGCAUGUAGAGGGCUCUUAAAAUACAAUAUGAGAGGCUUUCAUAUAUUUUUUUAUUUUAUUUUUUUUGAAAAAGUAUUAGUUUCAUAUAAUCCAGAAUUUGUAAAAGAAAAUUCUCAGAAAGGAGGCAUUGGAAUGUGGCAGUAGAAUAACCGAACCACUUAUCUCAGACCUGAUUCAUUGUAAAUUAAAGCAAAAUUGAAGCAUCUAAAUAAGCCAAGGAAGAGCUCUGCUCAUCUAUCUGUUCUCCAAAAAAGUUUCCUGUGCAAAUGCAGGUCAGUGCCUUGACUGCCAGAUUCAACAUGCACUGUUAAGAUAAGGAAAUAUGAUCUGAGGCACUAUUCCUGGCAGGUGUGGGUGUUGAAUGGGCAUUCCAGGAUAAACUUGGAGAUGAAAAGGGAAACGCCUAAAUUUACAUGGAUUCUUAUUAGGAAAUGCUGGUAGGUGAAGCCAGAGCCAAUGAAAAGAAGAGCUAGCCUGAUUAGUUGUAAGAUCAUAGAAUCUUAGAGUUGGAAGGGACCCCAAGGGUCAUCUAGUCCAACCCCCUGCAGUGCAGGAAUCUCAGCUAAAGCAUCCGUGACAGAUGGCCAUCCAACCUCUGCUUAAAAACCCCCAAGGAAGGAGAGUCCAGCACCUCUUGUCUGUUCCACUGUCAAACAGCUCUUACUGUCAGAAAGUUCUUCCUGAUGUUGAGUCAGAAUCUCCUUUCUUGUAACUUUAAUCCAUUGGUUCAAGUCCUGCCCUGCAGAGCAGGAGAAAACAAGCAUACUCCCUCUUCCCAUGUCAUAGCCCUUAAGAUAUUUGACGGUAGCUAUCAUAUCUCCUCUCAGUCUCUUCUUUUACAGGCUAAACAUACCCAGCUCCUUCAAGCGUUCUUCAAGGCAGGUGUUGAGGGGCUGAUGAGGUAGUUCUCCAUUAGCCCUAAUUGGUCUCCACUGGCUCUUGCAGACUGUCAAGUACCACAUUUUUUGCUCUAUAAGACUCACUUUUUCCCUCCUAAAAAGUAAGGGGAAAUGUGUGUGCGUCUUAUGGAGCGAAUGCAGGCUGCGCAGCUAUCCCAGAAGCCAGAACAGCAAGAGGGAUUGCUGCUUUCACUGUGCAGCGAUCCCUCUUGCUGUUCUGGCUUCUGAGAUUCAGAAUAUUUCUUUUCUUGUUUUACUCCUCCAAAAACUAGGUGUGUCUUGUGGUCUGGUGCGUCUUAUAGAGCAAAAAAUACGGGUACUUUGUGUACAGCAAAGAAAAUGGGUUUGUGCGAUUAAAGUGGAUUAAAACGCUUUGUUGCCCUUGUGCGAAAAACCCACUUUUUGCAGUUAGGAAAGUGAUGAAGAAAUGCCUUGAACAGUGUGGAAUGCAUUAAUGAUUGAUUGGUGCGAAGGUGAAUAUACGGCCUGUAAGCAAAUCAGAGUGAAUGUAAAAAGGGAUUGGACAGAUUUGUGGAGAAUAAGGAUAUGAAUGGCUACUGGUCCAGUCUCAGAGGCAGUACAGCUCUGAACACCAGCUCCUUGGGAUUGUGAGCAGGAAAGGGCUCUUGCGCUCAGGUCUUGGUAUCUGGUUGGCUGCUGUGAGAACAGAAUACUGGACUAGAUGGGCCUCUGGUUUUAUCCAGCAGCCAGGCUCCUCUUAUGUGUGUUUGAAAAGAGAACAGAGAGUUUUAAAGGGUUUCCCUUUCCCUGAAGAAGUGAGAGGAGACUGAGAAGCAUUUAUCCUUCUUCCAUUUUAAAAAAGAGGAAGUAAUGAAGCUGAGAAACCUUACUUGUCUGAGAAAAGCUGCCUGGAUGAUCUAAAAUAAAUUUUAGAUAAAAAAAAUGGGGGAUUUUGAAACAAACGGAAGUUGAGGAAUGUCAUGCUACUUGGGGAGGAUAUAAGCUUCUAAGAACAGAGCCUAUUCAAUUGUGGCUCUGAAGUCGUAGGAGGCACACCCUUCAGGGGAGGUUUGCCAGUGUUCCUCCUGGGUCUCCUUUCGAAGGCAAGUGAAAACAUUCUUAUUUCACCAGGCAUUUGGGAUGUAAUUGGAGGUGUGCUUUAACUGUUGCUCUGUUAUCAACAACUUUCGUGACUGUGUAUCUGCAUGUAAGCUGUUCUGGGGGGGAAUUGUAUGGAAUGUUCAAUAUUUGCAUGGAAUGACACAAUUGGUGGGUUAUUUUCCUUGCAGGGUAGAACAAAUUUAUAUGUUUGUUUGUUUGUUUGUUUGUUUGUCUUUUAAAAUUAUUGCUUAUUUGUUUUAAAUAGCGCUAUAACACCCCUUGCCAAAUUUGGAUUCAGGAUAGUUUGCAAAGAGGGUGGGGGACUUUUGAUCUUCCAGAUGUCAUUGUAUUCCCAACUCCUGUCAUAGCUGACCAUUGUUCAUGCUGGCUGGAGCUGAAGGGUCAUAGAUUCCCCGCCCUUGUUUUACAGCAUUAACAGUACAACCCUAUACAUGCCUACUCGGAAGUAGCUUCCAUUGAGUUCAGUGGGUUUUCUUCCAGAAUCGCAGUCUAAAAUGUCAGAAAGCUAUAAGCUAUACAAUUAAAAAAAACACCCAACUACUGUGGUACCUCAGGUUAAGAACUUAAUUCGUUCUGGAGGUCCGUUCUUAACCUGAAACUGUUCUUAACCUGAAGCACCACUUUAGCUAACGGGGCCUCCUGCUGCCGCAGCGCCGCUACCGUGCAAUUUCUGUUCUCAUCCUGAAGCAAAGUUCUUAACCCAAGGUACUAUUUCUGGGUAAGCGGAGUCUGUAACCUGAAGCAUCUGUAACCCGAGGCUCAUAACAUACUAGUCCGUAGUGAGUGCUGCAAACUUAUUUCAGAUCUGUGCGAGCUUACUAAAUAGCAGCUGUAUUGUUCUGUAAUUAUUUCACCAAUAGGUUGACUGCAUCUUUGCGAGCGAAAUUCCGGAGGAAGUGAGGACAGACAGCCACAUCUACCUAUUCCGUUCCGCAACAUCGUGUGUGCAAUGUCCUGCUUUUAAAAUGAGUCCUGCCACACAGAGGGAACUAAUCUGAGAAGAUAAGCAAACAGCAUAUUGAUCCAGCCAGAUCAUAUAGGAGGAGAAACACCCUUUCCCUCAGGAGCCACAGCCAGCAUGACAGAGGUAAAUGUAUAGAUGGACUCUGUUUUGUUUUGCAACUCUUUAGUUUUCAGCCAGCCUCCAAAACAGGUGAUUGCUUUAUGCCGCUGUAAGUCUAUGUGUACAAGUGAUCUGAAGCCAUGGCACUGAAGAAGUCAAGCUAGCAAUGCCUUCAGCAGCACUGCAGAAUCAGGGCAAGAAAUGGGUGUACACAGGUCUGAGCUCAUCUGUGAAAUCUCUUGAUGGCCUUGGUCAAAUGAUUCUUUCCCAACCUCAGUUGCCUCCCUCUGAUGUGAUGAUACUGGUGUCCUUGUUGUGAGGAUGGGUGAAGUAAUAGUUGUAAUUAAUUUUGUGCCGUGGAAAUGUUACAGGCAUGCUCGUUCCAGGCUGACGGCAUAAGGUGGAGCCAGCAUGCUGAAUGAGCUAAGCACAGCUGAGUCUGGAAAGUGUGCAUAAAAAUGCAUUUAGACUAGGUAGGGCGACUUGAACAGAUACAUAGAUUAGGCAAAACUGCAUUAAAAACGUGCAUAUUUCAAGAAAUGCACAUUAAAAAGCUGAUGAACUUUUCAUAAAUGCAUUUUUCCCCUAAUAAAGAAAUAAAUAUCACAGCCUGAUGCAGAAAUGUUAGAAACAUAUAUAAUUGUAGUGUUGGAGGGGACCGCAAGGGCCCUCUAGUCCAGCCCUCUGCAAUGCAGGAAUAUGCCAGUGGCCCAUAUGGGGAUCAAACCAGCGACACAGGUGGUGUUAGCACCAUGCUCUAACCAACUGAGCUAACUGUCAUUGUGGCAAACUGAAUUUAAUACCGGGGAAAGUGUGAAACUGAGAGAAACUGAAAUUGGCAGUUGAACAUCCUAGAUCCUGCCAGUGCCUGAGUGGGGAUGUUCAGGAAGCCCCAUAUAAUAAGAUACCUUGAGUUCAAAGGAAGAAAUGUAGGGUAUAAAUACUCCCUCCCUAGAAAUGCUAGGCUGGCUCCCUCCUCGCUGCCCUUCUGCUGGCAGGUGAAGACUUCCUUAUUCCUACAGGCUUUUAGGGACUGACUGCUUUGAAUGAAAAUUUCAUUGUAACUAUCUGUAUGAUUUUAAUAAUAAUAAUAAAAUUUUAUUUAUAUCCCACCCUCCCCAGCCAAAACCGGGCUCAGAUAUUUUCAGCCCAACCCCAUAGUGUGCUAUUAUUUCAGAUUCAAGGGACUUUACUCCCCAUAUACAGCCUGACUGAGAGGCCACAAGUCUGUGGUGCUUCCUAACUACUUAAAACUUCCACACGCUGAUGAAUGCAAAGUGACCAUUUUAUUUACUGGCCCCCAGGGAAGCUUUCCUUAUUUUAACAGAAGUUAAAGGCUGGUGAUGGAAAGUGUGAGUGGCUCUCUGUGUUGCCCCCGCUUUUUAUUUCCUUUAGAUUUUCAUGGUCAGGAAAUGAUGCUAAUGGCAGGGAAAUGCCUGUUGUAACGAGUCUUUCUGUCUCUUUCAAGGAGGAAAUGGAAGAUAGCGGUCUCGAAAUCGGACUUUUUUACUACGUGUUGAUGUGGUUUGUCAUCUGCUUCGUCUGGUGGAAAUGGAGAGCAGGGCAGAAGUUAAAAGAUAUGUACCUUGUAGGGAAAUAUGUGUUCAUCACCGGCUGUGACUCUGGAUUUGGAAAGCGAGCAGCCAAAACCUUCGAUAAGAAAGGGUUUCAAGUGAUUGCUGCCUGCCAGACUCAACAGGGAGCCGCAGAACUGAAAGCAGAGACUUCCAGGCACCUCCACGCUGUGCUACUGGACGUGACAAACACAGAGAACAUCAAAUCAGUUACGGAAUAUGUUAAAAAAGAAGUAGGGGAUAAAGGUAGGUGACGGGCACCUGAACUCUUCCCAAAAUCUACUAAAUGCGGUGCAGACCCCCAGAGGGCUCCUGCACAUUUAAGAGAAGCAUAGAAUUGGGGCUGCUGUGAAGGAGGAAGGCUUAGCGCACAGAAUUUCGGCUUCUGUGCAACCUUAAAGAUAUAGCCUCCAGGUACAUAUCUGCUAACCUGCACAGAAAGCCAAUGAAUUGUUUUGGUAUUUCUUAGGUUUUUCCUUUCCGUCUUAGUGCAAGCUUUUAAUUAAACUUACAGUUUGGGGUAUAAAGUGAUCACAGUGCACUGUGGCCUCCGUCCACUGGGCGAGGGCUCAUCCACAUUUCUGCUUGCCCCAUGCCUCGAAAGCAUGGGUCCAAGUGAUUUUCCCCUUGUCCUCCUGCUUUCCUCCAGGGAAAAUCCCCUGUUUAGUGCUAAAUCGAAGCAAACGUCAAUCUGGAGGAAUGCCCAAAUUGCCAUUUGCUCCGAUUGAGCGCUAAAGAGCAGCUUUUCCUGGGGGAAAGCGGUGGGGCGAGAGGAAGUGUGGAUACCUCCUGUGUCUCUUAGGUCCAGACUUGAAAUUAUUUGUAUAUAUAAUUGUUGGUAAGUCUUUCAUCCACUGUUUUGUGCAGAGUGCGCUCUUCCCCCCGCCUUCCUGUUUCCACAGCCUUCAUGUUUUAAAAACAUAGAAAGGAAAAGCCAAGUAGGUUGUGCAAUGAUGUGGCAGAGUGUGGGUGAGGCUGUAAAAUUCUAAAACUUAUUAAGAGGCUUGUUGGGGCUUACUUUUGAGUAGGUAUGGGGGUAAUAGCAUGUGAGCAGUAGAGAAAGCGGUGAAGAUUACAGGGAAAUUGCAGGCAUUUUAAAAUUACGGCUUUUUACUGUUGUAAGCUUAGUGUUGUAACUCAAUGUUGUAAUUUAGUUUAGCCACUGCCGCACAAACCUUGACUCUUAUUAGGAGCAGUAUUGGCUAUGGCAGGGUAGAAAUAAAAACGGUGGUCUUAUUUUUAAUAAGGGUUUUCCGCAGGAAUUCUUCCAGGGUUGGGGGACAGUAGAAUACCAAAAUGAUAGGAAUGUAUGAAAUGGCAUGGAGAAAGGGGAUAAGUAAGUCUUUUUUUCUUCAAGUCUCAUAACACUAACACUCUAGAAUAAUCGCUCCCAUAAGAGGCAGUGACGGCCACCAUCUUGGAUGACUUUAAAACAGGAUUGGACAGAUCCAUGGAGGAUCAGGCUGUCAAUGGCUACUAAGAACAAUAACUAUAUUCUCCCUCCACUGUUGAAAGCACUGCAGUCUGCUUCUGAAUACCAAUUGCAGGAAACCACAGGGGCAGAGAGUGCUGUUUUGUGCUCAGGCAGCGGCGUAGCGUGGGUUGUCAGCACCCGGGGCAAGGCAAGUAAUUUGCACCCUCUAACCCCUAACCUGCCACUGCUGCCAGCUGCUUCUUGCUGCUGCCUGGGCUGGUUUGGUGUGGUUCUCUCCCGUGCUCAGCGCUGCGCUGGGUGGCCGCUGCACUGUCCCUCCCCCAGAUAGUCCCUCGCUCUCUCUCCGCACUGCACGACUGGCACCCACACCCUCCACAGUGGGCAGCGAACCAGCGGCUCGGAUCGGAUUCGCACAGCCAGCGCUGCAGUGAGAGAGAGUGAGUGAGCCAGGUAGGGGCAGAGAGCUGCGAGUGCGAGCGCCCCCCCCAGAUGUUGCGCCCGGUGCGGCCAGCCCCCCCUGCACUCCCCACGCUACGCCACUGUGCUCAGGCCCUGACCAUGGGUUUCCUGUGGGCACCUGGGUUGCCACUGUGAGAACAGGAUGCUGGCCUGAUCCAGUAGGUUCUUGUUAUGGUCCUGGGGAGCAGGCUAGUUUCUCAUAGACCAACAAACAGAAAAACGAGAAGAAUACCUGCCUGAUUUCGAAACACUUUAAAGUUGCUCUUUUUAAGGUCACGCUGCUGUUCAUGAUUUGGAUUUCAUUUUAACUACAUCCUGUGUUGGGGAGGUACUUUACUAUUUUAUAUGGCAAGCUCCCUCAUAUGACAGGAUGCAAACCCAAGUACUGCUUUAGAGAGUGAGCAAUUACGUGUAUGUGUGGAGAUAAUUGUCCUAUUCAGAGCUUUCACAUUGCCCUCAUAAUAUUACAAUACUUUUCAGCAAUGGCAAUGCACACAUUCAUCAGUGAAUUUCUGCAUGAUGAAAUGUCAAGUGGUGUGCAUGCGUGUGCGAAUUAGCCCUCGCUCACUCAGACUAAAGUGUUCAGAGUAAAGAAAUGGCAUGAUUGUGAAUUGCUACCAAUUAACAUAGCUGGGUUACUGUUACGACCUUUCUGUUUUUACGUAGAUGUAAUGAUAUUUAUAUACCAUUAUGAUGAUGAUCUUAUUCUCUGCCUUUUGAAUAAUAAUGAUUAUGGGGAUGUUAAAUUACAGAAAUCAAUUUCUCCCCAAAUGUUUCAUUCUCAGACAUAAUAAAUUGUCUUUUUCUUUUCUUUUUUAUCUCUCCCCCCAAUAGGUCUGUGGGGCCUGAUCAAUAAUGCAGGAAUUAUGGGAGUAUCAGCACCAACUGACUGGCUGACCAUCGAGCACUAUAAAGCACCGAUUGAUGUUAAUCUAAUAGGCCUCAUCAAUGUUACUAUACACAUGCUGCCAUUGGUGAAGAAGGCAAAGGGAAGGAUAAUAAACGUAACCAGUGUUGGAGGUGUUCUACCAAUAUGCUCAGGUGGUUAUUGUCCAUCCAAAUACGGGGCAGAAGCAUUCACCGACAGUUUAAGGUAAAAUGAUAGUUAAUGGAUGGCCUUCAUAAUGCAUGCAUGAUUCAACCCAAACUGAGCAUGGAUUCCGUGCCUGCUUGCCUUCUCUUUCCACCAUGCCACUGCCCUCACCACCACUGACAUCCAUCCAAAUCUAUCUCUCAUGCUACCUGAAUCAGGGGUCAUCCAGCAAAAUGGUACACCCAUGAGACAGUGCUCCUUAUAUGUAUUAGUUCAAAAAACUAAUGUAGUUCUUGGUCAUCUGUUUUUUUACUCCACUUUCUCCACUUUUCCUACAUUGCAACAUAGUACACAAGAUACUAAUAUAUAAGACUUAUUUGGAUGUAAAUAAUGGGCUCCACCUGUCCAUGUUCUAUCUGGUGUCUGUUCACAAAUGAUAUCUUACUUGAAACAUAAGUGCACAUCAUGAAAAGGAUUUGAAGGUCUGUGCUGAACAUCUGAACCCAAUGUCUUCUUGAGUUGCAUUGGGCGCAUUAAUUGUGAAGCAAGAACCAAUUACCAAGUUAUUGCAGAGAAUGGCCCAGAUCCCUGGGAUCUGGUGGAGCCAUUAAUAUAAAAUGAAUGAAGAGAUACAAUCUGGUUUAAACGUCAAGGAGAUAGACAGGAGUUGAUAUGAGGACAUGCAUGAUGGAUCUCUUGUAUUCAUGAGGUUUAACCACAAGGACUCCAAAGGCAUCCCAUGACCUUGACUCAUUUUAUAUAGAAACUGAGAAGUUUCAUUUCUAAGAUCUUUGUGUUUGUAUGCAGAAACUAUAAUGUGCUGCUGACAGAAUCUACAUAGCUCUUUCUCUAAAAAUCCGCCCAAAUUAUUGACCAAAAUUAAUGUCAGCUUUUUACUUUCUUUUCAGACAGGACAUGAAACCAUUUGGAGUGAAUGUUUCUUGCAUUGAACCAGGGCUGUUUAAAACAGGGCUUUCUGACAGAGACAUGGUCAUGAGACAAAAAAUGGCUGUUUGGGACAGUCUUCCUCAAACUAUACAAAAGCAGUAUGGUGAAAAAUACUUAAAGGAAGGUAAGCCAUGAGUUGCCUUGUUUUGUAUUAAUGGAGAAAGGGCCUAAACGUAAUACUGAAGUAGUCAGAAGUAGAGAUGCCAUCAAAGUUCACCCAAGCCUGGUUGAGAAAUUAACUUCCAGGUUACUCAAAAAGGCACCUCAAAAAAUAGAACACUGUGACUGAGUCAAUAUAUUGAAUAUGUCUCACUGAAAAAUAUGAGAAUAAUAAAAAGAGAUUUUCUGUGGCUCGGAUCAAUAUCUAGGGCAGAGAAGAAUUCCUAGCAUUCAACCUUCUCUCAUCUCCACCAGCCCACGGUCAAAGCACACUCCUAAUCCUUCCCUUCAUUUACCAGAGGUGAAUGCAGUAGCAGCAACAUGUGGUAGAAAGGACGGAAGCUUUAUUGCUUCCUUCCCUCAACUUCAUGCUCCACAGUAUACAUCAUGACUGAAGAGUGGUAGGCCUUGGAAUCGUCCCAUGGAUUACCCAUAAUGCCAAUAGACCUUGCAAAGACUUCCAUGUCCUGCCUGCAGCACAGCUGGAUAAUGGAGAGAGAAGGGAAGGGAACGAAAGGAGAUAGGAAGCCUUAUUAUUUAACUGCAAGUAACAAUAUGUCAGUGCUCUUUGCACAGUGCAAAACUAGCUCCACGUCAACAGUACUUCAAAUAAAUAAGUAAGGAUUGCACAGAAUUAAGACUCUUGAAGCUUAUUGCUGCAUUUAUUUUACCUCCCUCUCCUGGUUUCAUUCUCUUUGCAGAUGCAGUAAAGAAGGAGAAACUAGUGAAGCUGUGUCAGAAUACAGACAUCUCAUUGGUUGUGAAUUGCAUGGAACAUGCCUUAAUGAGCAAAUAUCCAAAGGCCCGGUACAGUGCAGGCAUGGAUGCUAAGAUUCUUUGGCUACCACUUUCAAAAAUGCCAUCGUUUGUGCAGGACUUUGUACUCAUGAAGAACAAAGUUCAGCUAUUUGACCCAAAUGCUGUGUAAAAUUGCAUCCGAAAAAACUCCAGCUCAUGCUUUUUCAAGCUGUGCGUACCGAACAAUGAAGAUGAAUACAUCUGUGUUCACAGGUGAUCAAGCAAUCCAGAGAUGUUGGAAAUAAUUGCUUCUCUUUUCUUGUUUAGCCCUUUUUUUAAAGAGCAGUUGUCAUAAGGACUGCUUUGCCCAGUGGUAGUGAAGGCAGAUCUAGAUGACUCAGGCUUAGCAUUUGCCAACUCAAAUAAAUCUUAGUGAAUCGACCAGUCAAAUAUUGUUCGAGUAAUAGUUUGAAAUUAUUAGUUUGUCAGAAUGUUGUCAAAGUACACAGACAAUUAUGCCCGUUACAAAUACUACAACCUGUUAACAGAGCCUGGUUCCUCCUAAGAGCUCUACCCAACACCAUGGAGGUAUCUCUUUCUCCUCCCACAGAAAAUACUAUUGACUUGUACUAUUGACUUCCCAGGAACUUAUGACUUGUCCCAUUUUUCCUUAACAAACAUUUUCUGGUGCUAAAUGCCUCUGAGCAUAUUUUGGCUCUCUUUUCUUCCCAAAGGCAAUAGAUCCUUUGGGGGGAUGGCUUCCAAGGGCCCCUGAGCAUGUAUAGAACAUAUGUUCCCUCGCGUAUCUGAAGACUGGAAGCGCAUAUCCCAUGCCCCACCCCCAGGCUGCUUGGCUAGGGUCUAUGGGGAGGCUAGUAGAGCAGAAGUGUGCUGACUCCUUCCUGAAUGAGUGGCUGGCCUGGCCGGCCCAUGAGGCAAGCUGAGACUCCUGGGCCGGCCCUAAUGAGCAAUGAGUGAUCCUGACUCUUGCAAAGCUGGUAAGUGAGGCCCCCUUACUUCUCCCACUGCUACACCAUGGUUCGGGGGAAAAGAUAGGUUGCUACUGCCAGAAGGGUGCUCAUGACAUAUUUGGCUAUGGCUGGAUGGUGUCAACUGACACAAUGCAACUGGUCAGAACCCCAUGUUAUGUGUGCUGGCUGAAAGUGUGUUGUGUGACAGAAUGCUGGUGUGAAACAGCUACUUGCAGUUUGAACUGUGGCACCACAGUCAUCUGCCAUAGCCAGAUAAAUCAGAUUGCAUUGCCCACCAAAAGGAAGAGAGAAAGAGCACUUGCUAAAUACCACCUUCUAGUUAGCAUUUUUGACCUUGUAGAUAGGGAGGCAGGUGAUGCUGUGGGUUAAACCACAGAGCCUAGGAAUUGCCGAUCAGAAGGUCGGCGGUUCGAAUCCCCACGAUGGGGUGAGCUCCCGUUGCUCAGUCCCUGCUCCUGCCAACCUAGCAGUUCGAAAGCACGUCAAAGUGCAAGUAGAUAAAUAGGUACCGCUCCAGCGGGAAGGUAAACAGCGUUUCCGUGCGUUGCUCUGAUUCGCCAGAAGCGGCUUAGUCAUGCUGGCCACAUGACCUGGAAGCUGUACGCUGGCUCCCUUGGCCAAUAAACCGAGAUGAGCACCGCAACCCCAGAGUCAGCCACGACUGGACCUAAUGGUCAGGGGUCCCUUUACCUUUACCUUGUAGAUGGUUCAUCCAAGGGUUUAUAAGUGUUGAGCAGUAGGAGACAUAAUGAUUCUGCUGCAUGGCAAGCAGUCAGGCACACACUUUCAGUUGUCUUCGACUUUCCAGUGGGGGGAAAAGAGGACCAUGGGGCUGAAUUCCAAUCUGCAAACCAGUUCUUUGUGUGGCUUAUAAAAUUUACCUGUGGGUGGUUUACCUUACAGGGAGGGGGUUAUUGGUUUUUUUUUGAGGGGGGGCUGGUUGUUCUUGUUUCUGUGAUGCAUUUUGUGUUUUAUCGUGUGUUUUUAUAUUGUGAACUGCGCUGAGAUCUCAGCAGUUCUCAAACAUGGGGAAGGUUUCUCUUCAAGUGGUGAAGGUCACCACUUGGUGCUAGAUAUUCCAGAGAAGGACAGAGUCCUGAGACAGGUGAAUCCUCCUCCUCCAGCUUUGAUCCAAAAUCUGGGUAAGUGGGUGGGCAGCUGGGUGGGGUGUAACUGUCAGGAGCUCGUCCUACGCUUGAGUAGGACCCUGGUAGAGUCACAUGCCCAACUGGUAUUUAGGAGGGGUGAGCAACAUAUCCUGUUGUAUUCUUCUAAGGCCAGUAGUACCCCAGUCCACACAUCUGUGAUCAUGACUGUAGAACACGAAAAGCUCUGUGUGUUCACAUUUGAAACAGAUUAUUAGUGUUGCAUUAGGAGAGCUUGCAAGGUAGAGUAAAUUCAGAACGGCGAUGUGAGUGGGCAACUUUCAGUUGUUUGAGUAAAGCUCCUCAAAUAGCAGCCAGUAUAAAAACAUCUGUCCAGUCUAAUUUUUAGAGUCUGUUAAAGCUAAAAUAGCCAUUUUAGUGCAUCUCGGAGAAUUAUCAUAUGUAUUGUAUUAUUGUUUUUUCCGUGCAGGAGUCAUUAAUUUAUUGUGUGUUACAAACUAUACUUUUCUGUAUUUCAAUAUUACGUUAUUUGUACAUUGUAAAUAUUGGUAAUGUUUUGUUAGAAGCAACAUACAUGUCCCACACAAUAGUAUAAGGUAUGCUAGCUUGCCAUGUUUAUAAUUGUUCCUUCCAAUGGACAUAAGGGCAUUCAUAAAAUAAAUACUUGAAGACUAUCAGAGUAAUGUGCCUGAAGUGCAAUAGGUUUAUCCAAUGUUAGUUCUAAAUAGAGUAGACCCACUGAAAUAAAUGGACCCAAGUUAGCCAUUUCUAUUAAUUUCAAUGUGUUUACUCUGAGUAGGGUUACAGACUAAUGGAUUUUGGAGUGGGCUCUAUGAAAUUUUGGUUUUGUGUCUUGUUAAUAUUUCUACCUCAGUUUAGGCAUGGCAAAACCACUGAAGCUAUUUUUUCUUUUCCCUUUUGCACUUUCCAUUCAAUGGGCAAUUGUGUUUGCUUGCUUCCUCUGUCAUUCAUGAAAGCCUUUGGUGGGUUUACAUGCAAAAAGCUUGUGAUUCUUAACUGUUCAGUG